AAGAUCAAACGCUUCAGUACGGUAAGAUCUCUUGGUUCAAUCGAGAUGACGUUAUUUCCUGUUUCGUGAUGGCGGUCGAUUUGACUCCUAGGUUUAGAAGAUUAAACAGUCAAACGCGAAGCAUAAGGGAAAAUGCGCAAAUAGGUUCCUCAGGACCAUUUCGUGCCACUGAGCUUUGGAGGAGCCUAAUCCUUGCUCUGCACACGCAGCUGGAGGUGAGGCCCCGGCGGAAGCACCUGCGCACACACAGCGACUGUUUUACGGGCUCUGAUGCGGUUGACGUGUUGCUCAGCCACCUCAUGCAGAACAUCUACUUCUGCUCGAGCGAGGUGUCCCGUCUCAAGGCCACCCGCCUCUGUCAGGCCCUUAUGGAGGCCAGGGUGUUUGAACCUGUUGGGACCAAGCUCUUCCGCCGCCAGAAGGAUACGCUAUUCGAAGACUCGAGUUGUAGUCUGUAUCGCUUCCUCGACAGCGAUGGCCUGUCUGGCUCCAGCGAGAAGCACUGUGGGGAAGAGAAUAUGAGACCUGACGAGACCAGCUGGAGGAGAAGGAAAAUUCCCAGAUUGGAUAAAAUGAGGACAAUCUCCAACCCUCUUGCCGUGGAGUCCUCAGACAGGAGGCUUGAGAAGCUGCUGCAGACCAUCAGCCUGCACCCCUCCACCCCUUCAGGCCUGAGAACAGCCCCGCCCACCAGCUUUCUGUCCAAAACAGUGGUGGAAGAGGUGUGGAAGCAGCAGACCCUCGUGCAGCUGCUGCAGAUUGUGGAGCUGCCCGUCCUGGACUGCAUCCUGACAUCUCCGGGCAAGACUGAGCUGCAGAGAGUUGGCCCAUUGAGUAACCACGCUGACCUUGUGAUCUCCAACACCUGUGUGGACCGAGAAGUGACGCAGAGCCUGAACCUUCCUGAACUGGAUUCUUGGUUGGCUGCUGCCGCUGACUGCCUCGAGCACUUCCCAGACCAGCUGAUUGUGGUGGCAGGGGAACACCUCCAGCAGGGCAGUGCUGAUGGGGACAAGAGCCUGUCCGCACAGAAGAGGCUGCUGUUCGACACCGUUGCCAAGUACUACGGCAGUCAGGAGAGGGCGCCGCUGCUUACUGGCCGUUACCUCGACAUCCAUGUUGCCAUACUGGAACUGCUCGACUGUGGGAAACGAGAGGACGCCCUCACGGCCUCCCAGCUGUGCCUGCGGCUGCUACAGCCUGGCGCGAGGGCCGAGCUGCACAGUCUGCUGGGCUUCAUGGCCGCAGCUGCACUGCCAGAGUCUGUGCGUCUGCAUAGGCAGGCAGACAACCGGGCAACAGUCAUUCGGACCUUCCUGAAGGCAGUCGUUCAGAAUAACGCCCUGACCCGAGCUCAGAGUGAAGAGCUUGUUCUGUUUCUGAUGGACAACCAUUCCCAACUCUUCAAGACCCCAGCAUCAUUGACUGAGGCUGUGGGGAAGACCCUGCAAGCCUUGCAACAGGGAGGGGAUGCAGAUAUAACAUCAACAUUCUCCUACUGCCAGCGUGUGACAGUGAAACAGUAUGAGGACCAGAGAGAGAAAGCCACUCUGGAAAGCCUGAAGCAGCUCAUCCGCCACAUCAGUCUGAGUGCCUCCAUGCCUCUGAAGGAGAGGAGAAGGCUCAUCAAGGAAUUCCAGAAGCACCAUCCUGUGGUCUUCCUCCAGCAUUUUUCCAGCACCUUCUAGUGGUGAGCAGUGCCACCUAGUGGUCCUGAGCCAGCACUGCUCCACAAUUUAAAAAAGUAAUCUGUUCUUUUCCUCACUCACACAGCAGACACAAAGAAUGCACCGCUGGUUGAUCUGAGCACUGUUUUGGAGAGUCAUUAGCUCUGAUAUAGUGUCAAAUUGCAUGGUAAGAAAAUGGCCUUGAGAAAGAAUCGAUUUCUACUUCAUCUCAACACUAAUGUUUCUUGGUACUGUAAUUUAUAAGCAUUAAAUGUAAAUGAUUAGCACUAAGUCCACACACUGUAGCCAGGCUGCCUGCUGCAAUUACUGAGUGCAAUAGCAUUCUAAUUCCUUGAAAUUAACUUAAUUUUUAAUUCUUUGGUGGCAGCCUUUCUCUCUCUUGCCUGUUUUGUUUAUUUGCACUGUUAAUGUUUUAAUGUUCUUACCCAGGAGGUUACACUGUAAAUUAUGGAAACCACACAGAGGGUCCAGCUGAUACUGUGUAGUCUUCCGAGAGGAAGGUGAAAUAAUUUAUUCACCUGGUGAUUUACCUGUGAAGCUCUUGCUAGAUGAUAGGUCUAGCAAAUGAGUGUGAUUUUUAAGAAUCUGGUGAGUAAAUGAGUGAUGCUCUGUCCACUUGACCCUGUGGUUGACAUUUAUAUUAACACUUGUGUUCUUUGCUAAUGUACGGGUAGUCGCUAAUCAUUACGAUAGGUACGUAUGGAUUAGGUUCUGCAGGGAUUUUUGAAAAAAGAAUAAUGUUGAGGGAAAGAUCACAAAAAAUAAGUACAGCUUUAGUAAAAUUACUUUUUUAGUGAAAUUUCUUUUGAAGUGCAAAAUAUAUUUUGCAUCCCCAAGAUAUAAUCCUUGAAAUGUUGGUCUUGUAAUACAAUACAGGCGACACAGUAAUGCCUUACAUAUUCAGCACUGUCAUAAACAAAUUAAGAACACAUAAGUGAAGUAUGUUAAAUCCCUGAUAGUGUUGUAAUUGCACUGAUGAAUGAAUCAAAACAACUGGAACCAAAACCACUACAGAGGUAUAGCGAGUUCUCCUUUCUAGAUGUUUCCUGAUGGGCAGUGCCUUUAGGCAUGAGCACAUAGGCAUGGGGUCUUAAUCCUAUUCUGUAUUAUUCUCCUGUACAUUUUCCAGAAAACCACAGGUGAAGGACAAAUAAACUGAGCACUUUUGAGCAAUAUGAAGCCAUGUACAUAGUAUGUGGAGUAUGUAGCAACAAUUGGACAAACCAAAUUAACUAGAAUUUGUUUGGUGAUUAAUUUGGUUUUGAUUUUAUUUUAUUGUUCUUAAAAUGGUUUAAAAUUGCAUGUCAUGGAAAUAAAGAUGAAAGGUACUGAAGAGAAUUAUAAUUAAAAACGGAUUUUUUGAAUUACAAACAUUUUUGAGUUCUAUAAUACAAUGCCUAAAUGCUUGCAUUGUGCAAGUUUUCUGUGCUGUUUUCUGUGUUAAUCUUUCAGCAUGAAAAUAAAUUAUCUGGAUUUCAGGUUACAUACAACAUGGUGAAUAUUGAAAUGCACUAAAAUGUGUGAAACUAACCAAUGUAAUUUCACAGUUAGCCAUGUCAAUAAACUUUUAAUUGUGUG